AUGGAUGAAAAUUUCAUUUCUUCAAAUUCUGAAGCAUGUCUUCGUUUUAUUCAUUCAAAAUUUGAUUAUUAUAAAAAAAUUCUUGAUGAUGAUCAACAAGCAUGUGAUAAUAGGAUUGCUUUUAUUAGACAACAAGCAUCUUUAUAUAAUAAUGAUGAUGAAAAACUUCGAUCAAUAAUUGGAUUUGAUAGAAUUGAAUUAGCUAAUCAAUUAGAUUAUUUGGAACAAGAAGCUUUUAAAACAAAUGAAGAAAAUAAAACAUGUAUAUAG